UGCGCACAAAUCAUCGAUUUGCAGCAGCUCAUAUGUUUUUAAAAGCUCACUUGCAUGAAUUGAUUGCGCUUUCAACAGAUUCAAAAAUAAUCUAGGCGCAACAGUUGUUUUUUCUAUUUGAGUUAACAAAUAUCUGCGAAGUCUCGAAUUAUAUUGAGAGCGUGAACAACAGAUUUGGCAUUCCAAAGUACUUACUGUCUGCACGUCUCUCUGAUAUCUUUAUACGUUAUUAUCGCACAGAUUUUGCACCUAUGUUUGGGUUAUGAGAAGGCAAAAAUAUAGCUUCUGUUAAAUAUAGCCUCACGUUCGAAUCCCGUGCAUGCUCAAAAAAGAAAGUGCCGUCUUUAUUGCAUAAAAACGUGUCCAACGUUUUUUUUUAGUAUUUGCUCAAUGAUCUCAGCAGUAUCUAAAUGAUAAGAAAUACGUUUGCAACCUGCUCAGGUAUAAAUAAAUAUGAUAUUUUUUAAAUAUUAUUGUAAUGAUGAUUACGGGAGUCUAAGCUAAGAAAACGAAUUCUGUUAAAUACGUGCUUGAAUAUUUUUUCCAAUUGGGAAUUAACUUUCCUUAGUGGAAAAAGUCUACACAAAUUCCUUCGGCUCUGAGUUUAGAAAACUCUCCAAUUGCUGAUCCAAUUGUCUCCAUGUUCUAUGUACGAAGCAUAAUUAGAUUCAAAAAAUUAAAAUAGGCAUGCUAAAAAUGUGCACAUAUUACAUUCACCGCCGUGUCUCGAGUUUUGCUGUGAGAUAAUCAUCAACACGAGAUACAAUAAAAAAGAAGCAAACGGCCGGAAAAUGUAUCAGUUGCAAAUCUAGCUAGAACUUUCAACAAGUUAAGAAGAUGCUGUGCCAGAGACAACAGCUCAUCCUGCUCGGAGUCCUGGUGGCGGUCGGCUUGUCCGGGGCCGACAAGGUGCACAAUAUCGAUGAGCUGACUGGUCGCAGAUUCAACAAAGCCCGAUUCUCCACGGAAGUGGCCACCGAUAAGUACACGCCGCCGGAGGAGAAGGAUCCCCAGUUCUGGUACGACUUGGCGCAUGAAGAGAUCGCCAAGAGGCUCCAAUUGCCGCAGCCCGAUGUGAAACGGGCCAAGAAUCUGAUCCUGUUCCUGGGCGACGGCAUGUCCCUGACCACCGUGGCGGCGGCGAGAAUCCUCAAAGGCCAACGUCAGGGUAAAACGGGCGAAGAAUCCUCGCUCAGCUUUGAGCAGUUCCCCUACACGGGUCUCAGCAGGACCUACUGCUCCAAUGCCCAGGUGCCGGACUCGGCAUGCACUGCCACCGCUUAUCUGUGCGGCGUGAAGACGAACAUCAUCGAGAUCGGGGUCAGCGCUGCGGUCAGCUUCAAUAACUGCACCGAGAGUCAGACGCCUGAGAACCGGCUGACCUCCAUUGCGGAGUGGGCACAGAAUGCGGGCAAAUCCACAGGCAUUGUGACAACGACCACGCUAACCCAUGCGAGUCCCUCGGGCGCCUACGCCAAGACGGCCAAUCGCAACUGGGAGUGCGAUACGGAUGUUGCCAGCUACGGCGUUGACCCCAGCGAAUGCGUUGACAUGGCCACCCAGUUGAUUACCCAGGUGCCUGGCAAGAAUUUUGAUAUUAUGUUCGGCGGCGGCAUGGGCAAAUUUCUGCCAAAAUCCAUACAGGAUUCGCACGGCAAUCCCGGCGAACGCUCCGAUGACGUCAAUCUGCUCGCCAGCUGGCAGGCCAGGCACGAGGGCGGCGUCCUGGUCACCAAUCGCAAACAGCUGCUCAGCGUCAACGUGUCGGCCGUGUCCAGCAUCAUUGGACUCUUCCAGUCCAGCCUUAUGAAAUUUCACCUGGAUGCCGAUGAGAGCUACCAGCCAACGCUCUCCGAGCUGACCGAGGUGACGAUCAAGAAGCUGAGCCAAAAUGAGAACGGCUACUUUGCAUUCAUAGAAGGUGGCCUGAUCGAUUAUGGCAAUCAUUAUACCAAGGCGGGCUAUGCGCUGGAUGAGGCCCUGGAGUUCGAGAAGGCCAUUCAGUUGGCCCGCGACAUGACCGACAUUGAGGACACGUUGAUUGUGGUCACAUCGGAUCAUGCGCACACGCUGUCCAUUGCCGGCUAUCCGGGACGCGGCACACCCAUCCUGGGCCUAAAUCAGCAUGACACCGACAUCAAUGGCAUCAAGUACAGCACGCUCAACUAUGCCGUCGGACCCAAGAACUAUCUGGACGAGAAGGGCCAGCGCAUCGAUCUGACCGAUCAAAUUGGCGGCAAUGACUUCGAGUACCCCGGUUACAUAACCAAGGAGCAGGGCACCCAUUCGGGCGACGAUGUGGGCAUCUUUGCCUCCGGGCCGCAAAGCCAUCUCUUUACGGGCAUGAUGCAACAGAGCACGAUUCCGCAUCUGAUGGCCUAUGCCGCCUGCAUUGGCGACGGGCCCCAGCUCUGCGAUGCCAAGUAGAGCGAAUGCUUCUCUCUUCCAUUAAAAGUGGCUGCCAUUUAGUUCCGCUUUUUGUCCAAUAAAUCACUGCUCAGGGAAAGUAGAUACAUGAUUAUUAAAAGCCAUCUUUUUCUGCCCGUACGGUA